UGUUUUUUUUUUUAGAUUGUUGUUGUUGUUUGUUUAUUGUUGUCGCUGUUGCGUGUGCAAACACAACACGAUUGAUAUUGUUUAGAAUUUCGAUGAAAAUUGACUAAACUCUUGAUUUCAAGUGAUACAUUUUAUCUUUUCCAUCAAGAAAUAGAGAAAACGAUAGCAAAUUUAGUGUAAUUGAUAAUGUGAUUUUUUUGACAAAAAAAAAAUUCUCUUCAAAUCACUUUGAUUUAAAUUUUGUGCAAAGUGAACAAUUAAGAGAAACAAAACAACAACCAAAGAAUCCAACAAAAAUUAGAAAAAGAGAAAAAGUAACAUAAAAAAUAAGCACCAAAAUAUAGCCGCAUUGUUUAGAUUGUUAUUGUUAUUCAGUGUGCCAUUCGAACGUGUACGAUUCAAGUCAUUUUAUCUCUAGUAAAUUUACCGCUUAUUAUAUCCAUUCCUAUAUUUUCUUCGUCAUUCCCGUGUUGCGAAGCCAUUCAGCGAGACCAGCACAUUAUUAUCAAAUCCACCAGAAAAAGAGCCCUUGAAUCGAGACAAACGAGAUCGUAUAGUGUAGAGUUUCCAAAUAUAUAUAUAUAGAUAUAUUGUUAUUAAAUUAGAAAUUUUGUUGUUUGUGAUGGAUUCGGCUGUGUUGAAUACGCAUCAAAAAUCUUUGCAGCGGCCACAUACACAUGAAAAUUUAAAUGGACCACGCGUUUCAUUCAAUAAGGAUGUUCAUGUUAAACGAAUAGGUGGUCGAUCUAAUGAAAAUAAUAAUAACAAUUAUGGAUUAAAUGGUGAUGAUUAUCCGGUACCAUCAUCACAACAACCACAAAUCACAAGAGAAUUACCGUCCGAUUUAAGCGAAGAGCAACUAAUUAAGGAAGCUGAAAAAGUGAUUGCACAGACUGAACGCAUCAAAUGCACCGUUGAUACGCCCAAUUCAUUGGCCGGAAUUCGUCUACAAGAAAAACUAUCGGAAGAUCGUAAAUUCAAUUCGUUGCCGCAUCGUAAAAAGAAGUCUUCAAAACCGUUGGGCCGAAGUGUGAGUGAUGCAUCGUCACAAAAAAAGCCAAAACGAGCCUCAAUAUUCAAUUUAUUUAGCAAACGAAGUGACCCAAAUUUAAGCACUGUCAGCAGUGGUACGGUGACUGAAUCACCACGUAGUGGCAAACGAACAGGUAAACCGGUUGGACGUAGUAAAAGUGACGUUGGCUAUAAUUCGGCACAAUCGGCUGCCGCCAAUAAUAAUUCAUUUGGCAAAAGUCAAACGCUCGAACGAAAACGUAUCAAAAUUCCGGAUAAUGAUGAGUCAAUGACGAAAGCAAAGAAAAAAUCCCAACUAAGUCCGAUCAGUGAAAAUCCGCCGGGUGAAAAACUCUUUGGUUUUACACCGGACGAACGAAAGCUGCUACAUUACACAAAAUCCGAAGAAAAACGUUUGGCACCGGCCUUGCAUGAGCCAAUGCAAAGUGAUCACAACGACUACUACGACGACGACGACGACAACGAACCAACAAAACUCAUAGCAAACAAACCAAUACGUGCAAAUCAUUCACGUUCGCUGGAAAGUUUGCACAGUUCACAAUUACCACAAGAGAAAUUGCCAUUAACCAAAGGACUUAAAGUGGAUGGUAUGGUAAAACGUUUAUCAAUGGAUCGUUUUUCACCACCGUUACAUUUUAAUUCGCCGGCAUUUUCUUAUACACGACCGGCCGAACCGUCAAUUGUAUACGCUCAAGUUCGUCGAGAUGAAAAUGGUGACAAAGCAAAGUCACCAUCAAACGACCAUCAUUUACCAUCAACGAUUCAUCGUUCAACGAAUUUGAUAACACGAGAUCGUAGCCCAAUUCGAAAUGUUUUCAGUGCAGACACCGUUGAUAAUGGCUACAGUCGUUCGCCAACACAUCAACGUCAAACAAUUAGUACGAAAUUUUUGAAUGAGAAAAAUCGCGAACUACAUGGAAAUAAUAAUUAUCGACAAUCGCCGAUACAUUUAAAUGGUGAUCGACAUCCAACCGAAUAUAUUCAUCGAAUACAUUUGAGCGACGAAGAUGAAGGACUUGGUUUUGAUGAUCGAAAACGUUUCGAUGAUCAUAUGACACCCGUGCGCGACAAUGUUAGUCGACAAUCGUCUAGUGAACCGCCCAUCAUUCCAACAUUACGGCCAUCAUAUGGUAGCAUUGAACAUUUGGCAAAUCGUCGUAAAUUACUUGAAUCGAAAAUUCAUGAACGUUCAUUUGAUUUUGGCCGUGAUCCCACACCAAAAGCAAAAUUACCCACAAAACCAACAAAACCAACAAGUCCAUUGAAAGAAAAUCAUUUUAAUGAGAUUAAUAUUCGUACGUUUGAUGAACGUUUUCCCGAACCGAAUAUUGUACCAUCACCACGCAAACAAUGGUCAAAACAACCAAAAUACUAUCCAGAAACAAAUUUGAAUGAUGAAUUUCUCAGCGAUAUUGAUACAUUGCGACGCGAACAAGAGCGACAACGUCACAAAACCUAUUUGGAUCGAAAAUUUAAUGAAAUCGCGAUACCGAAAUCAAAUGAACGUGUUAUUGAUUUAGGAUAUAUUGAUCAAUACAAUAACAAUACGAAUACGAAAUCGAUGAACAAUAACAAUGGCAUUAAUCAAAAUCUAAAUCAUAAGCAUCGAACAAAGGGCAGAGCGCCACAACCGGAUAAAUUGGCAAAUGGCACCACAACACAUCACAUCACCAUUGAAAGUAAUCGACGAAAAUUGGACAAAGCCGAUUCUGGUAUUGAACAUGAUUUCAAACGUGAUCGUGAUCAUGGUGAUAAUAAUAAUAUGAGAUUCCGUAGAUUGAAUUUGGCCGAUAGCGUGAAAGAAAUAACCGAAUUGUUUUUGAAACGAGAAUGUCAGCUUUCCGAAUCUUUGCAUCCGAGUAAAAAACGAUAUGAAUUUGUAUUCCGAGAGCGGAGCAUUGACGAUGGCUCACAUUUCGAUCCACGUCUCGAUAAAUAUCCAGAAAAAUCGAAAAAUCAAGGCACACUCACACGUCCUAAAUCGGCUGAUACAAAGAAAAGCGAUAAGAAGUUCAACAGCUUGAAAAAGCUCUUCUCAAUCAGUUCGAAAAAGAAAUCUCCGCCUCCUCCUCCUUCGAUAAAAUCCGAAUCGUCUCGAAAGCACAAUGAUGUAGAGCUAUUUCAUCCCCAGUCACCACCACCACCAUCGCAGCAAUCAUAUGCUAUUGAUAUUGCGACAAGACGUCGUCUAUCAACUCCAAAAGCAAGCCCAAUUCCAAAACGCAUUCCAUCACAGAAAAGCUCAAAAAUAUCGCAUGUAUCGAGUCAUCGUAGCAAUGAUGUAUCCACAAAACCAACCCCAAAAACCAGUUGGUUCAAAUCACUCGAACGACUUUCACGCAAAAAUAAGGCACCUGAACCGAAAAAGCCACUGUCAUCAAUUAAGCGUUCGAAUACAACGCUAAGCCGUCCGACGUAUCAACGUGCUCAAUCACCAUCGCCCGAUUUCAAACCAACAAAAAAUCCGCCAAAUUUACGCUUUUUCGGCGAUACAGACAUGGAAUCACUUUCAAAAGCAGCAACAACUAACCGAAAACGAGAACCAUUAAAUACGAGUAAUUCACAAAGUUUGCAAAAUUUACGAUCAAAUCGUAAUACGAAUCUGCGUAGUGGUGUCGAUUCAGAUGGAUCGCAAAAGGUGCGCGGAGCAUCAUCAAUGCAGAGUUUGCACCGAGAUGUUCGUUCAAAAUACUUACCGGAUUUAUCGGAGAGUACAUCGGAAAAUGAAAAUAUAAACGGUGAAAAUAAGUCGCAUGCAAUUCGAAUACAUCAUUCAACUCCAAAUAAUAAGCAUAAGUCACGACGACAAUAUCAUUCAAUGGAAUAUUUGGAGAAUGAAAAAUCAAAUGAACCAAUGCGUUCGGACACUUCACAGCGUACAAGUCGUCGACCAUCACGCGACGUAAGCCAUGAGAAUUCACUGUAUAAUGAACGUAAUGCUGAAUUAUUGCAUCGAAGUGCAUUGCGUGAACGAAAUGGACGAUCGAAUAGUGAAACUCGUCAUUUGCCACCAAAAGGCCCAACAAAACCAGCACGCGAAUCGGACAGACGUCGUGCUUUAUCCAAUGAUCGCUUCUUGGAAAGUUCUGGAACCGAAGGUGAUUCUAGUCAACAAAGUGUUGUUUAUUUGCAUGCAACAACCAUUGGUCACAUUCCGCAGCCGUAUGUGACAAGUUCGAGACGUUCGUCAAAAUCACGCGAUGAACUGAGCUCAAUUAAAUCGAAAUCAUCAUCGCCAAUGCAACCAAUGACACGAACCGUUUCGCGGUCUGUAUCUAUGCUAGCCCCUUGGACACCACGUCACUUAUCGGACGGAUAUGAAAUUAAUUACUCACAAACGAUGCAGAAUCCAAAGAAAUCCAGUAGCACUUUGACCAGAGAUACACGAGGAAAUCACAUACAGAGCAGAUCAAAGGAUGAUUUGUCGUCGGUGCGCAGUUCCUCACAAGCAAAAAUGACAACAUUGCCCAAACACAGAAAAUAAACGGGGAUUUAUUUACUUAAAUUUUUGAUUUUAUUACUACUUCAAUUGAAAUUAAUGUCUGCAUUUUUGGGUCUUUAUUUUACUCUCAAUAUUUUUUGACAGAAUCGGACAUUUUACAAUUUAGUGUUCGUGUUUUUUUUUCUAUUAUUGUUUUUUUUUUAAUUGAAAAUUGAAAAUAUUCGAAAUAAAAAUAGAGAAACAAUUUUAAUAAGAAUAUUUCUAUUGUAUAACGUAGAGCAAUUGUAUUAAUUUUACGAAAUUAAAACCCCACAAAACUAAAACAAAAAAUAAA